AUGGAUCGCGAAGCUGGCCCGAGUGGGCGACCGACGAUAGCAGACCUCACCGGCGACAAUCACUAUGCGAGCGUAGCACGAGCGAACUGGUUGACUGCAGCACCUCAGAAAGUCCUUCCGGAGGUUGUCGAGCGCGAGAUAUGGGACCACCUGGAGGGCGAGGACUUCUCAUACUUCUCACUCCUACUCCUUGAGCAGUUGCAGACCUUGGAACGAUAUCUUUGGCCUGGAUACACCGACGAUGCCUCGAAUCAUCACGUCUUGCUUCUUGCGCUGCUGGUGAAUGUGAAGCGCCAGGAGCACCUCCCUGUAUGGCAGUUGUUCGCUGAGAAGCCGGAUGAGUUCUCGAGCUUCUUCAGGCGGGUCUUGUCACUCAGUGUGGACAAGUCGCUGUCAACCAGGGUGCGGAUGCAGCUUCUGGUCUUCCUCAUUGGCGCGUUCCAGAGCCUUGAUAGCGGACUGGUGCGAAAGGAGUGCGCGCCGCUGGUGUCAAUUGGCAUAUGGCAUAAUCUGCACAGUGCCAGUGCAAGGGAGCAACACCUAGCUAAGAGCGCGCAACCUCAAAAGGCAUGGCGGGCGGCAGGGAAGAAGUACGACAACGCAGAUUCGGCGGGACAGGGCAGGCUGCGAUUUGAGAGAAGCUGGCUGUAUACGCUACUGCUGAAUUUCCUGGACAAGCUAUACGAGCAGGAUCUGAAUGCGGACCAGAAGCAGGACAACAUGCUCUACUGUGAGCGCUUUCUUGAGUUUUUGUGCGAUCUGGAGUCGCAGUUACCGACCAGGCGGUAUGUCAACACACUGCUUCAAGACCUCAAUUUGCUUCCUGCGAUACGGCUGUCCGCACUUUAUGACGACUCCAGCGAGGAUGCGCUGGUGAGAGACAUGUAUCAGCUGCUCUCGCACUACAUAUACUUCCCCGUGGAUGACAACACUGGAAAGCAGCUCAGCAGGCAGCAGUUCGACGAAGCGCACAAUGCUCGAAUAUCGCGAUUACAGAAGGUUGCUCUGACACUCCACCCGGAAAAGCUGAAAAUCCUGGUACUGGCAAAUUUCGGCUCGCUGGGGCAGCGUGAGGAGCUGGUAAGCCAUCUGGAGGCUAUGACUGAUCUAGAGCUGGCCGAGAUGUGCCAGCACCUUGCAAUCAGGACAGCGUACCCAGACAGGAGUCUCGUAGUGCAGGACCGGCCGUUUCUGCUGGACGUGCUCGCAUCACAUAUAGAACGCAAGCCUUUCUAUGCCGACAAAGUACAACACGAGCGACCAGUCUUGCCCACCGAGCACACGAUCUAUGACCAGUCUUUACUACGAGCAGACGAGUACAAUGGCUCCCGGCCUCUGGCGCUACCUAAGCUGAACCUGCAGUACCUUACACUCGGCGAUCUGCUUUGGCGAUCUUUCACGCUCUACAGAAACGAGGCAUUCUUCGAGGUACGGAAACAUGUCGAAGACACCAUCAAGCGACUACAGCCAAGAUCGCAAGGUGGGAAUACCCGAUUCGAUGGGUUUUCGAAGAUGGCAAUCCCCAUUGGCAGACCUGCCAUCAUCGACACAUCACCCCCGAGGGUAGGUGAGGACGAUCCUGCUGAAGUGCGCAGUGAGAUUGUGCUGGACGUCAGCAGGCUACAGCCGGGUCUGAGAAGGGAAUGGGAGUCGCUGAGGCCAGAUGACGUCGUUUUCUUGCUCGCGGUUAAUCCGGCAGAGACAAACAAGAGACUUACGAAUGGACACAAGCAUGAUCCUGGAGCUGAGAAAGUAGGCUUGAAAGCUCUGCGGUGCGCUGAAGUCAUCAAUGUGCUCGACGAGAACGGAAGGGUACUGAGACGGGAUCAAGAGGCGCGGGAUGAGGUCGACGGCCUUGCGCGUCCGCGACAGAGGCGUUUAAUGUUGAGGCUCGACACAGCAGAGUACAAAAAGGAUAAAGCGCGGUCAGAUGCAGGGAGGGGAGAUGUGUAUGAGAGCAUCAACCUGAUCGUGAGGAGAAGAGCACGCGAGAAUAACUUCAAGGCUGUGCUCGAUAGUAUCCGACAGCUCGUGCUUUCGGAUGCACCUAUCCCAAGCUGGUUGCAGGAUGUUUUCCUUGGCUUUGGCGAUCCAGCGUCAGCUUCAUACAAGCGGCUCCCCAACCGAUCGAAGAGGAUAGACUACCGCGAUACGUUUCUGGACUGGCAGCACCUGAUAGAGUCAACUGCUGGCAAUGUCCUGGAGCCAGAUGCGGAUGCUGAAGCUAGCUUCUCACCUCCUUAUGUGCUCGAAAGCACCGGUACCACGGCUGUGCCAGCGUCAAAGUCGGGGAAGAAGCGAAGAAGAGAUCAGCCAGACGGUCCUGAGCCCGCGCAGGCCGUUGAGACAUACAAAGUUUCCACGUACAAGCCUCCAAACACAGGCCCUUAUCCGACAGAUGCUCCCAAGGUCAACACCGUCCGCUUCACCCCAGCACAAACUGAGGCCAUCACCUCAGGUACCCAGCCUGGCCUGACACUCAUUGUCGGACCACCUGGGACUGGCAAAACCGACGUUGCUACACAGGUCAUCAACAAUAUCUAUCACAACUUUCCGCAACAGCGCACGCUGCUCAUCGCUCACUCCAAUCAAGCGCUCAAUCAGCUUUUCCAAAAGAUCGCCGCUCUCGACAUCGACGAGCGACAUCUGCUCCGGCUUGGCCAUGGUGAGGAGGACCUCCGUACCGACACCAGUUUCAGCAAGGUCGGACGAGUGGACUCGUUCAUGGAACGGGGCGCACAGUAUCUGGCAGAAGUGCAAAGACUGGCAGCUUCUAUUGGCGCGCCGGGCGCUCAUGGAAGCAGCUGCGAGACAGCGCAGUACUUCGACCAAGUCUACGUCGGGCCACUGUGGAAACGCUACUGGGACGAUGUUGCCCAGAAUGGGACGAAGGAAGAUGUAGUAGAGAAGUUCCCUCUCCACGACUUCUUCUCCGAUACUCCAGCACCGUUGUUCCGGCUUGCGACCAACAAGGAGGAAGCUAUCGAAAUUGCGAAAGGCUGCGAAAGGCACAUCAGACACAUGUUCGACGAACUAGCGGACAUCCGACCCUUCGAAAUUCUCCGCAGCCAGCGCGACAAGUCCAACUACCUCCUAGUGAAAGAAGCUCGCGUCAUCGCGAUGACCUCCACCCACGCCGCAAUGCGCCGGCAAGAGAUCGCUGCCCUGGGGUUCCGCUACGACAACGUGGUCAUGGAAGAAUCUGCCCAAGUCACCGAAAUCGAAGCUUUCCUGCCCUUCAUGCUACAGAAACCUCGCCAGACCUCGCCAGAUAGUCCACCAUCGAACCCACUCCAACGCAUUUUCCUAGUAGGCGACCACCUGCAAAACGCCCCCGUCAUCCACUCCCCCGCCUCCCGCGACUAUGCCAACCUAGCUCAAUCCCUCUUCCACCGCCUCAUCCGUCUCGGUGUCCCGCACACCGUCCUCGACGCCCAAGGUCGCUCGCGACCCAGCAUCGCGGAGCUUUACAAAUGGCGAUACCCGCGCCUCACGAACCUACCCUUCACCUCCACCGCGCCCGAAUUCACGACCGCGAACGCUGGCCUACGGCACGAAUACCAAUUCAUCUCCGUCCCCGACUACAAAGGCCAAGGCGAAACAGAACCCACUCCGCAUUUCGUGCAGAAUCUUGGUGAAGCGGAGUAUGCAGUUGCGUUGUACCAGUACAUGCGUUUGCUUGGGUACCCUGCUGAGCGCAUCACCAUUUUGACCGCGUAUGCGGGCCAGAGGGCGCUGAUCAGGGAUGUGCUGGAGCAUCGAUGCAAGGGCAACAGGCUGUUCGGGAUGCCUGGUUGGGUGGGCACGGUGGAUAAGUAUCAGGGGGAGCAGAAUGAUUACGUCAUCCUCUCUCUCGUCCGGACUAAGUCACCAGGCUUUUUGCGCGAUCUCCGCCGCUUGACCGUCGCGUUGUCGAGGGCGCGGUUGGGGCUGUAUGUGCUCGGACGGAAGGAGGUCUUCGACGGCAGUCUCGAGCUGCGAGAAGGCUUUGCGCGGUUCUGGGAGAGAGGGGAGAAGUUGAAGCUUGUGGUCGGCGAAAUGUGGCCGUGUCAGAGGGGCGUGGAGGAUGAGGUGGAGAGUGUGGAGAUGGAGGGCGUGGAGCAUUUGGGGCAGUAUGUGGCUGAGAUGACGAAGGCGAAAGUUGAGGAUCUUAAGCGUGGGAAGGGCAUGCUGCCGCCUGUGGUUGUGAAGGAGGAGGGGAGGGUGGAGGAGGAGGAUGAAGGCGAAGAGGCCGCUGGCGCAGAGAUGCAGGAUGCGGAGGUGGAUGGCGAUGGAGAUGAAAUGGCCGAGUAG